UGCGUUUUUUUGCAGUGAUACAGAGGCAGGUGCAGUCAACUCCAACUACACAACAAUAACAGCUCUUACAUCGUACCUCUUAAAGGGGAACAGUCAUGCUCGCUGGCUUCUAAUAUAAGUAAAUUCUGCUUCAUAUGAUGCCCGUAGCCAGCUCUGAGGUCGCCGAGGUCCAGAACCGUGGAAUUAUUUUUAGAGCAAGUAAUUAAACUGGAUGGCCUACCUGUCCGUCUACCUACCUCAGAGUGCACUCAUUGCGCAUGACCGGAAUCAACCCACACAUUACUAAUCCCCAUUAGCUAUAUUGUACCCUGCAGGUCGGGAAUUUCGUGUUUUUAGGGGCAAGGCCACUUGGGCUGCAGCGGGGCAAUUUUGUAGGGCACAAAAGGCCACAUGCCGGGGCAGCAAGGCCAUACGUUAAAUAACAUGAUUUUGAUUUCACUUGGUUGCGACGUUAAAAGUUUGUGAGUGCUUGCGUGUGUUUGUAUGUGGGACUCACUCAGUGACAGUGAGUCAGAGGCUGCGAGCGCACAGCUCUGGCUGGCCGGACAGCGUAGCAAGGAACUUUUAUAAACACAAUAUUGUUAUCCUGCAGUAAUCAUCCCCGGCAGCCCCAAAACGUUAACGAUCCACCGGAAAUUCUACCGAUUACGACGCGCGCACACACACACACACACACACACACACACACACACACACACACACACACACACACACUGUGUGUGUGCGCGUUAUUCAAUGGCCUGGUAAUGUUUAUACAUGUUAUUAAACAUGGCAUCGGCGACUACACUGCAACUCAUCGGUGGACGGGGAGGCCAUGAGUUUGAUUUCACUGGCCGUGACAAUGGUGCCACCCUCAAGAAGAUUGGAGUGGAAGUGGGAGGCUGGCAGAUUAAAGCGUUGCGGGCAGAACUGACCGACGGGCGUGUGCAGACCUUUGGAAAGGGUAACAGUUUCCGUGAGUUUACGUUCAAACCUGACGAGAGCAUCACCAAGCUGUCCCUGUGGGGGAACGGUGCCGGAUCACGUCUGGGUGCUAUCAAGUUCAAGACGAGUUCUGGAAACACGUUCUUCGAGAAAAUGAGUGAUUGGGGACUGAAGACCGAGUACUCUAUCGAUGUGGGGUCUGGAGUCUGCCUGGGGUUGCAGGGGCAGGCUGGCUCAGACAUCGACUGUUUGGGAUUCCUCUUCAUCAAUGCUAUCAAGUCGUCAGUGCUAACCGACAUGACCUAUCCCACCCUGGCCCUGUACACACCCAAGAUCAACAAAGAAUACAUCAAGGCUGUGUCUUAUCACAACGACACUACUGAGGCUCAAGAGCAUAAACUGGCGUACAGCAGAUCUGUGACCAAGUCUACCACCUGGAGCAACACGGUUAAGAUUGAGGGCACCGUCAGCAUGAGUGUUACGGCAGGGAUCCCGGAAGUGGUGGAGGUGUCUGGUGGGUAUAGCGUGACCGCGGGAGCGGAGCACUCCUCCUCCAUGACCUCCUCCGAGACCAUAACCGAAUCAGAUGAGAUCAAUGUUACGGUCCCGGCAGGAAAGACCAUUUCAGUUGACGUGUCAGUGGGACGAGCAGUCAUCGACCUCCCCUACUCGGCCACAGUGAAGAUCAGAUGCAUGAAUGGCAGCGAGCUGAACUUCAAAUCCACCGGCAACUACAAUGGUGUGGCUUACACUGCAGUCAAUGUUAAUGCCGUUGAGUCUGAUAAAGUUAUGAAUGCUGAAUAAGAUGCAUCAAUAUCUUACUGUGCAGUUUUAAUAUUGAUUGCCUAACAUUGGUUUGAUUGCCAAUGCAGAGUGACUGUCGCAGAUAAAUAAAUCAUCACCAUAAACCUG